AUGGAUCUCCUGGCUGAGCUGGGCAAUAAGAGUGAUGGUCUCACUCAGGACACCAACGUCACUGCUGAACAGGCAUCAGUCAAACCCCUUUUAGAAAUUGGCAUUGAUAACAUAAUCACCCUGGUGGUGUUUUGCAUCAUCUUCGCUCUAGGGGUCUUGGGCAACUCUUUGGUCAUUACUGUCCUGGCAAGAAACAAACCAGGGAAGCCUCGCAGCACCACCAACAUCUUCAUCCUCAACCUCAGCAUCGCUGACCUUGCCUACUUACUUUUCUGCAUCCCUUUCCAGUCCACUGUCUAUGUCCUGCCAACUUGGGUGCUGGGAGCUUUCAUCUGCAAGUUCAUCCAUUACUUCCUAACCGUGUCCAUGCUGGUGAGCAUCUUCACCUUAUCUGCCAUGUCAGUUGAUCGCUAUGUGGCAAUAGUGCACUCCAGGAGAUCGUCCACCAUCCGUGUCUCCAGAAAUGCCAUGCUUGGAGUAAUCCUCAUCUGGUUCCUGUCUAUUGCCAUGGCUAUUCCUGUUGCCUACAACCAACGAUUGAUACACAGAGACAACAAUAUGACCUUCUGUUGGGAGCAGUGGCCAAAUCCGAAGCACAAGAGGAUCUAUGUGGUGUGCACCUUUGUGUUUGGGUACCUUCUUCCUCUCCUGCUCAUCUCCUUCUGCUAUGCCAAGGUAGGGUCCUUCUCAUUAUUAUGGUCUAGCUGCAUCCGAAGAUGGGUUGGGGAUGGUAUCUUGUAUAGAAGACCCUGCUUGCCAUAA